AUGCGGAUUUCGCACUCAAUUGCCCCUGCGUUGCUGCUUCUCGCAGCGGGAGCUGCUCAGGCCGCGUCAGUUUGGGGAUUCGACGACGGCAGUGUUUCGGUCGUUGCAAAGAAGUCGGGCGACACCAUCAAGGAGAAACUCAGCCAAAAGACUCCUCUUCUGAAACCAGUAUCUCUCGGAAGCACCGAUACGCUGAAGCUGAGCUUGACGGCAAAGGACAAUGGCAAGGGCAAACGGCCACAUCAGGCAUUCCUGCUUUUACAGGAGCAGGACUCGGGGCUUGAAGCGCCAUUCCCUCUGACGGUCAAGGAAAGCGGAAAGGCUGCUGUUCAAUUAUCGCACAAGGACCUCCCUAUACAACUCCUCGUCGCUGCUAAGCCGUUGAAGGCAUCCGUCGUCCUCGCCUCCUUCGGCUCGGCCCAGGGCCUCAGCACUCCCGUCUUCGAGGUCAAGAUUGAGACAGACGCAAACGUUCCGUCUCCGGCCUACGAGAAGCCCCUCCGCUACGGCAAGAAGCCCGAGAUCCACCACAUUUUCCGUCCUGAUCCGAAGAACCCGCCCAAGGUGAUUUCGCUGUUCUUUGCGCUGGGCGUGGUAGCGACGUUACCUGCCCUGCUCAUUGGCUGGAUUUCCCUCGGCGGAAAUCUCAGCCAUCUUUCCAAGGCGAUUGGCACCGCACCACUUUCGCACGCUACUUUUCUUGGAUCCAUCGUGGCAAUGGAGUUCGUCUUCUUCAUGUAUUACACUAGCUGGAACCUGUUCAAGACGCUGCCCAUCAUCGCUGCUGUUGCUGCCGUUACUGUGCUCAGCGGUACCAAGGCCUUGGGAGAAGUUCAGAGCAGGAGACUGGCAGGAGAGCGUUAA